AUUUUAGUUAGAAAUAACUGCUCAUUCAAUCAAUUUGUUUUUAGAGUGGUCAGCCUUAACAUUACGGAAUUAGAUUAGUAUACCAAAUAUAAAAUCAAUUAACUUUGAACCAAUUAAACUUUUGAAACGUUAAGAAAUUUAUCAGCUGUUUGAUCGAAGUACGGCGACGGAAGAGAUUAUUCCUACAUUUUGCGCAUCUAUCUACUGCUUUCACAACGUUUUCUUUUAGUUCCAUAUCGCACACGAACCAUUUGCGGAAAUGCCAAAAAGAUAAAAGGGUACGUCGCCCAAUCCCGCUGUUUGGUUGGCGAGUAACUGUAUCCAGUUGUUGCCGGUAGAGUCAAGCGUAUCAUCGUUCAUUUCGCUACUUGCACUGACAGUAGUUAUAGUUUUUUCAUGCCAAAAUAUUGCGCAUAAAAGGAAAACGCCCAAUUUUGAUCUAUUCUACUAUCAUUUUUUCUCAGACAGAUGCAGGUUCUUUUCAACCAGACGUGGCGUAUUUGAUUUUCUGUGUUGCAGUGCCCUUUUACACCGAAGAGAAUUGCAGUUUGCAGGAAGCAGACAUGGCAAUAUUCUUAAAUUAUAUUCAGUUCACCUUCCAUCCGGACCAUCCCUUUGUUCUCAAUUGUCUGGUGCAGAGAUGAGUUAUAGUGCCCAUUUUCCAUAGAAGUGAAAGGAAAAGAUGGUUGAACUUCAGGGCUUACUAGGGCUGUAAAAAGAACUUGCUGAUUUGGUUUUUGGGGGGGCGCUUUAUUUGAAUAAAAAUAUGCACCCCUUUCUUCUAAAGAUAGGAUAUCCACUGCCCUUUAGACCUGAUUACCAAGCCUUUGCAGCCAUUUUUAAAUCCUGUGCUGCAUUUGCGGACAUCAAUUUGGGGAAAGCUCUUCAUAGCCAUGUUGUUAAGCUGGGCCAUACUUCUUGCCAGCUUGUGUCCAAAGCACUGCUUAACAUGUAUGCUAAGUGUAAUGCUUUUGGUGACUGUCACAAACUGUUUGGUCUAAUGGGACAUCGCGAUACAGUCAUGUGGAACAUAGUCCUGUCUGGUUUUGCCGGGUCUAGGAAUCAUGAUACUGAGGUGAUCAGAUUGUUUCGUGCUAUGCAUAUUGGCAUGGAUCCAAACCCAAGUUCUGUAACUGUUGCCAUCAUCCUUCCUGUGUGUGUACGUUUAGGAGCACUAGAUGCAAGCAAGAAUGUACACUCUUAUGUAAUAAAAUCUGGGUUAAUAUCUCAUACCUUAGUGGGCAAUGCUCUGGUAUCCGUGUAUGCCAAAUCUGGGGAUGUCCAUGAUGAUGCAUAUGCUAUGUUUGAAGAAAUUCCUGAGAAAGAUGUUGUUUCAUGGAAUGCAAUGAUCGCUGGAUUUGCAGAGAACAAUUUCAUGGAUGAUGCUUUUAAGUUGUUUAGUUGGAUGCUGAGAGGAGCAACGGCGCCUAACUGUGCAACUAUUGCAAAUAUUCUGCCCAUUUGUGGUAAGUUAAAAGAGAAUGCCACUCAACGUUGCGGGAAAGAGAUGCAUUGCUAUGUGCUGCGGCGGGCUGAGUUGAUAGCCGAUGUUUCUGUUGAGAAUGCUCUGGUGACCUUUUAUGCAAGAAGUGGGAGAAUGAAGGAAGCAGAGCAUGUGUUCUGGAGGAUAAGAAUGAGGGAUUUGGUUUCUUGGAAUACAAUGAUUUCUGGAUACUCCUUAAACAGUGAGUGGCUGAGAGCAGUGGAGUUGUUUCACGAGUUCUUCUCAGUGGGGAAGGUUGGACCGGACUCUGUUACCCUUCUAAGCAUUCUUCCUGCUUGUGCCCAUAUAUGUAACUUGGAGUUGGGAAAGCAGAUCCAUGGAUAUAUUAUCAAGCAUUCACAAAUAAGCAACAAUGCAGCAGUUGGAAAUGCCCUAAUAAGUUUUUAUGCAAAAUGUGGUGAUAUAGAUGAUGCAUUCAGGACAUUCUUGUCAAUUCAUAUGAGAGACUUAAUAUCAUGGAAUACCAUGCUUGAUGCCUUUGCAGAAAGUCAGCUUGAAAGCGAGUUUGUUUAUUUAUUACAUUGGAUGCUUGACGAGAGGAUAAGACCUGACUCUAUAACUUUAUUAGCUAUAAUACAAUUUUGUGCUACAUUUUCCAGAAUUGACAAGGUUAGGGAGGCUCAUGGAUUUUGUUUGAAGUCCGGUCUUUUGCUAGGUGAUGUUGCACCCACUCUAGCUAAUGCAAUAAUUGAUGCGUAUGCCAAAUGUGGUGACAUGCUGUAUGCAUCAAAGAUUUUUGAAAGUCUAUCAGGGAAGAGGAAUGUGGUAACAUGCAAUUCAAUCCUCUCAGGAUAUGUCAAUUGUGGUUCACAUGAUGAUGCACAAGAAAUAUUUCAUAGCAUGUCAGAAAGGGAUCUCACCACUUGGAAUUUAAUGAUUCGAGUUUAUGCUGAAAAUGAUUGUUCUGGUCAAGCUCUGAGCCUAUUCCGUGAGCUGGAAAAUCACGGAAUGAAGCCUGAUUCCAUGACUAUGAUGAGUCUCCUUCCUAUUUGUGCUCAAAUUGCCUCUGUCUACCUGCUGAGACAGUGCCAUGGAUAUGUUGUUAGGUCUUGUUUCCAGGAUAUUCACUUGAAGGCAGCCCUCAUAGAUACAUAUUCAAAAUGUGGGAGCAUUAAUUGUGCAUAUAAGCUCUUCCAAUCAACUCGUCAAAAAGAUCUUGUUAUCUUCACAGCUAUGAUUGGAGGGUAUGCGAUGCACGGCAUGGGCGUAGAAGCACUUGGUGUGUUCUCUCACAUGCUUGAGUUGGGUGUAAAGCCAGAUCAUGUUACAUUGACUGCACUAUUAUCUGCUUGCAGUCAUACGGGCCUUGUUGAUGAAGGAGUGAAGAUCUUUGAUUCAAUAGAGAAGUUGCAUGGCACAAAACCAACGGUAGAGCAGUCUGCGUGUGUAGUUGAUCUCCUUGCUCGAGGAGGUCGAAUAAAUGAAGCAUAUUCUUUUGUGACAAAAAUGUCCGUUCAAGCUAAUGCCAGUGUUUUGGGGGCACUUCUUAGUGGUUGUAGAACCCAUCAUCACGUGGAAAUGGGGCGUGCUGUCGCUGACCAGCUUUUAAAAGUUGAAAGCAGUGAUAUUGGGAACUAUGUGGUACUAUCAAACUUAUAUGCUGCAGAAGAUAGAUGGGAUGGAGUCCUUGAGAUAAGAAAGCUUAUGAGGACAAGAGAUCUUAAAAAACCUGCUGGAUGCAGUUGGAUUGAAGUGGAGAAGAGGAAAAAUGUUUUCAUGGCUGGAGAUUGUUCUCACCCACAAAGGAGUAUUAUCUACAACACAUUAACCGUCUUGGAUCAACAAAUCAAAGAACCAUUCCAAUUGGGAAGUGGUUGACUCAAAAAACUUUUGGUGUUUGAGGUGACAAAAGAGCACCUGUUUUGUAGGUGAAUCCCAAUUUUGGUGGUGAGCUAAGUAGCACCCUCAUACAGCCUUGACUAUUUUUGAAUGACUACCUUGUUCUGAACUUGGAAUAUAUGAGGUACUGUCAGCCAAAGACACAAAUGCUAACCUGCACUUGAGGUUAAAAAGUAUGAUGUCAAGCAUUUCAUGGGUUUAUCUUAGGUGCAUCUCCAAUGCUGCCCUAUCAGGCAUUAAUAGUGUAGUCCUUAAUUCUUUGUUCUAAACGUUUCCAACCUUGAUUUUGUUUUUCAAUAUACAUCCAAUAUUCAGUCACCAUUUUCUUUCUUUAAG